AUGUGCUACACAUUCGCGCUGAAGAAGACAUACGUGAAUAAUCGCAGCUUCCCGUCAACUUCUACUAUCGAGGGACUGGACUGUAUCGACGUUGGAAAAUCAGGCAAUGUGUACGCCCUCGAUGCGCGACGAGUGGUGAAAAGAUGUGAGGGCGACAAUGAUGCUGAGAUUCGUGCCGAGCGAGAAGUUUAUGAACGCCUGGGCCGCCAUCCCAACAUUGCGGAAUUUCUAGGCGCUCUGGAUGAUGGUUCUAUUGUUCUCGAGCGCGGACAAGUACUUCGAAAUCGACUCUCUGAGCAAACAAGUGCUCGUUCCAUUCCUUUGCGCACAAAAUAUCGCUGGAUCAAACAGGCGGCUACAGGGUUACAAUACCUACAUGACUACAACAUUAUCCAGGCUGAUGUGGGAUGCCGAAACAUGAUCAUCGCUCACGGCAAUUUAAAACUCAUCGACUUCGAAGGCUGCAGCAUUGAUGGGAAAGGGCCGACUUCCUCGUAUGAGUGGUUUAGCUACAAGCCAUCAACGCCCCGCGCCACGGUGCAGACCGAUAUCUUUGCCCUGGGCUGUGCAAUUUACAAAAUUGUGACCGGCAGCCCCCCAAAUUAUGAGUUGAAGGGAAUGAAAAACGCACAAGAGCGCGUCGAACGUCUAUACGAAAGCAAUCAAUUUCCCGAUGUGGCGGAUCUGCCCAUGGGAGCCAUAAUGCUUGAUUGUUGGCAUGGGAAAUUUAUGUCUAUGCGUGAGGUUGUCGAGAGGAUUGACCUGCUCAGGUAG